CCCAAGAAGCGUUUGCUAACUUUGACUGGGCUAUUAGAAAUUCGACUUCCCUCACUCGCCUGACGAAUUGGAGAAGCAGUACAGACAUCUCAUGACAAAGAACCGCACGCUGAAGAGAAGUAGGAGUGAAGAUGAUGACGGUGAUGCAACUCGCUAUUCCACACCCACGAGGCCUCGGCCAAAACGCUCCAAAUCGGAAUCGAACGUUGAUGGCAGUAUUCAACGGGUAAUAUAUCCCAAUCUUGCUCAUCCCAUUCCCUUCCUUCAUAUACCCUUCACCCUUCCCUUCACGCUUUCCCUGGUGUUAUCUAUCACACUGACGCCUCACCAACAUCAAGGAUGCAUUCAACCAAAGCGAUCCGAUACGACCAAGAAGUCCUGACUGGAGGCUACCCAGCUCUGAUGCUAGCAGCAAGCCAGGAAACACGCAACAGCCACCCGAUCAAUCCGUUUCCAUGAGAGACAGUUACUCUCAUUAUCGUUCACCAGAACCAGAGAUAUCCAGCACUUCCACAUCGCGCUCACCGCAAGCUCAAGCUCAACGUGAACGGACUCCACCUGUGAAUCCGGCAGCAUCUACACAUUGCCACGACAAGAACCCAAUCAUGCCAUCAACUUUCAAUCUAAUCUCACUGCCCUACCGGCCAGCACCAGCUCCGCCGCGCGCUCCGCAGAUUCCAUCCAGCUCUCGCCCUCAGUCCGGUGAUGCUCAACGAGUGGAGGACAUACUUCCCUACCAUAUGCGGAGAGGGAGUCUACCCAGCGAAGGCAACAUGUCUUCAAUCGGAAGCAGGCUGGCUUUGGUGCAUAGGACUGGCGAAUCUUUGUUGGAGGAACUAGAGUGGAUUGGGAGAAACAUUACCACCGUCUCUGGGCAGCUAAGUACGGUAUUCGCUUCUGAACCAACGGAACCUCCUGCCCGAGCUAUACCUCCUGUGAACACAGGUCCAGGUCUAACUACGGCAGCAUUGGAACAGCGUCCCGCAGGUUCGUCGGGGGUGGUUGAUUCUCAGAAUCACGAUGCAGGUGAGGGACCUGGUGGAGAUGGACAAACGAGGGAGGAUAUGGGAGGGGAGGAAACAAGCUAUGAGACUUGUAUGGACACCGAUGCCCCCAGCCCACGAGAAGAUGCUGGAGAGAAGCGCUGAAGAUGAAGCUCGGAUGGAUCGGUGAGGAUGCGGGCUGAGAUAGUGACGCUGGU